UUGAUUGGUUUUCAUUUGCACACGCAUAAUACAAUAAUACACAGCAAUGUUAAAUAUUUUUCUACUUUCCUCUUCUUGCAAUUUUCUUUUGCAUUCUUUCAUAGCCAAUCGUCGGUCGUCCAAUACAAUGAGAGCAAGUUUUAACUUGUUGAGCGCAGAGAGUGAGUCACUGUGUUGGGUUGAGAGGGUAGAAGAAGAGAGGAGAGGAGUCAUCCAGAUCGAAUUCCGAGGCAAAAAAAGUCAAUUUGGCAUAAAGACACAGAACGAAGAAUCGACAAAACGGAAAAUAUAAGUAGCCAAGGUCUAGCCAAGGUCACCAAGGAAGAAGUUUGGGUAAGAAGGAGGGCAUUGUGCUGUGCAGCAAACCAGCAACAGCAAAUCGUAUGUCAAGUGUCAGUUGGCGUCUGUCGUCUGCUUCUGCACGGCUGCACGCAGGCAGACGAAACUUGCAAGCGUGGAUAGUGUGGAAAUUUUUCAAUUUUGUGCACAUAUGUAGAUGGGCGCAGUUUUGAUAGCGAUAUAUUUAUUGAUCGCAGGGCGUGUUAUAGGAUAUUAGGAUGGGAUUACCGAAUUUUGAGCAUCAGCAGCAAUCACCUGUCAAGCCGGAAAGCUUAAGCCAGCGGCAGAUUUUUGGCAGUGGAAGUAGAAAUUAUUCUGAAGGCCGUCAUCGGCGAGAUCAUCAGUUUGCACCACAUGCCCGAGAAACUCUUACGAUCACUUUCACAAAGAGGCAGGGACGUCGAGAAUGCAGUCUGGUAGAUUUUGUGCAACGACAAGAUUCAGGCAUCUUGAAUUCUCAAAUUGAGGCUUACCUCGUCAAGCAAGUGCACGAUAUUUUGUUUGAAGGGGCUGAAGGAACAAUUUAUUCCACUGUGCCAUUUUACAAUGUUGAUCGCACCUAUGCAAAUCUGCUCUCCUUUCAACCUGCCCUGUCUUCAAAGCUGCUAGCCAAAUGCAUAUGUACAUGUGUUAUGGAAAUGGAUAAUCUUGAACUCAACUGUUGGGACGAGUGCUUGUUUGCACUUUUACACUCUCUUAAGCUGCAUCCUCGGUGGCCUGAUCUCUUCUGGGAUAUGGCCCUGGUUGCACCAGAGAUCAUUAAAGGAUCACACAGGAAUGACAAGAACAAGCUGACUCUAUUUCUGGCCAAUCUAUAUUUGGGAGAUGAUUCUAAGAUGAUGUCAUUUCUCAUGUGCAAUUCAUUGAUUUGCGGGCAAGUUAGAGCUGUGAGAAUUUUCCUAGAAUGGGAGCAAAAAUGGCCUGAUGCCUUGCUAGGAAACAAUUUCAUCUCGAGAUGUAUUUACUACUGCUGCUGCAAGCUGCUCAAACAGAGCUUCCACGAUCUUCCUCAUAAGCAGAUUUCUCGAAAGGAUUGUAACUUGGCGGAACUGCUUCCCAAACUGGCGUCUCGAUUUGACGAGGCCAAAUCAGAUGCCCCAAUUGCAGCACUACUGAUUUCAACUGCCUCUAAAGCUGCCUUUCGUUCCGUGGUAGAUGAAAUGUUUGCCAUGGCAAAGUCUUACGCACAGAACAUGGAGGCUGCCAAAACUGCUGUCAUGACUUUGGGAUUGAUUGGGCACUACAAUCCUCAUGAUGAAUUCUAUCUCGCUAGUGGAAAAGGCCGCAUUAUAAAUUUAAUGAGACAUUCUGCUACACCAGAGGCGUUGGUUGAAACAUGUGCAGCUGCACUCAUCAUGAUAACUGGCCCAGAGUAUAAGAAGCUUGUGGGCAAAGUAUUCUGCAACUUUAGUACUUCUAAAGUUAGUGACAACUUCCUGGACGCUCUUAAAGAGUGGAGCUUGAAAAAUAUCCCACCAAGGCUCUUGCACAGCACAUGGGAUGAUAGAGAACUAUGCAAAUUGCUUGAGAAAGAUGCCAAUGACAGAACCUUACAAUAUGUUUUUGAUGCUGAUGAAAUGAUGGAAAGAUUCAUGAAACAAUUUUCAAAUGGAAAUGGCAACUAUCAAUAUCCCACUCAUCAGCAGUAUCCCAGAGAAAUGGUGAGCAGCCAAGACACGGCAGUGAACACUGAGCCACAAAGAAAGAGACCUGCCAGUAGUGAAAGUACUUCAAACGACGAACCAAAUCAUAAGAAAAAAAAGGACUUGAAUGAUCAGGUCAAUGAAAACAACAAAUUCAGUGGCAAUAAACCAGAAACAGAUAGGGAAAUUCCUCCAGAAAUCGAAGGAAAUGAUGGAGAGAGCUAUUGUGAGGAAGACUUUGGCAGUAGCUGUGACUCGGACAGAGAGUAUGAAGAGGACGAAAAAGAAGAUUUCUCAGAAGAGGAAUUCGUCAGUGAUGAAGAAAGUGAUUAUAAUUGCAAAGCAGUUACUGUUACCGGCAACUUGGAAUCCAACAAGGAGGACGAAGAAGAGAGCUAUUUGAUGGAAGAUCGUGAUGAAUCCGACAAUAGCGUUGAGCAGAAAAACCAAUCUUUAGCAGAUUUCCUUGUGCAACCAACAGCUUCCAAUGCUUACAGUCAAGAGUCAGUUGACCAGAAAGUUGCGAGGGCCGUAGGAAAUAGAUUCUAUCAUAACUGCUCCCAUAUUGAUAUUGAUGAAAUUAAAAAGCGGAUUUGCAAGAUUUCCCCUGUGCCAACAUCUCGACAGCUGGCCAAAAGCCUGGUUUGUGUAAACUUUAUCAACAAUAAGAAAUGGAAAUUCUGGAUUAAGUGGCCCCUACUGUCUCUCAUCGACAUGCUGCCUCAAAGUGCUUGGCCUGAUUUGGAGAAGGCAUUUUUGGCAGAGAUUGUAGAUGCCAUUACAAGCAAGAGUAAUGUAACAAAAACGGCCGAGGCCCGUCGGCUUGGACAAGUAGCUGCUUGGUUUUGCCUCCACCCAAGAGAAAAGUCUAGUUUGAUGACUGCUGUCAUGUGGCAAAUCCAAUGCAGAGGGGGCCCGAACGUCAUAGGUUCCUGCCUUGGAAUUCUCGAAGUGUGGCCAAAUUUCCUAGAGGAGAAAACUCAGUUGAAAAGGUGGAUGUUGGCACUUGUCGAGAAGAAAAUUAAGGAUGGUGACGACUAUUUGUCUGGCCCACACGUGCAGCUCAUUCUAAAGAUGCUUAAUUUGCAAAGUCAGCUCCAACCCGUGAGAAAUGAAUUGCUGCGUGACUUAGUUUUAAGUGAAAAAAGCGCAAAAUACUGCACCACCUUCAUGACUUGUACCAAUCGAGUUACCUUCAAUCAAGUGGUUAAAAUAUUGGCUCUUCUUGCCCGGUAUCCUAACCAAUCCACUGCCAUCACAGCCAUUUCUUGCAUUGCCUUGAUUGGACACAACUUACUGAAUGGAAAUCACAAAGGAGUAAACCUGGAUCCGCUGAUUGGCAUUCUGGAAAAUUUGGCUAGCCAUAACAUUCCAGAAACAGUGAUGGAAAAUGUUGCAAUGGCUUUAGUUGCCUUGAUUGGAGCAAAGGAUUUGCCAAGGCUGAGAAAAGCUCUGCAAAGAAUUGAUGCAGACUUAGUUAGUCUUCAAUUUAGAAACACGCUGAAAGCUUGGAGUUUAAGAAAUCUAGCACCAAAUGUUGAAGCUGCCAAUGAUGCUCAGGAGCAAGACGAACAAAUUGUGCGUGGAAGUGAAGACAAUUUCUUCUUUGAAAACAUUCUGGGGGCCAUGGCGAAUGACUUAGAUGCUGACAACUAGAUUACUCUGACCCAUAAUUGUUUCAUAUUAUUAAAUAAUUUUGCCUCAUGAGAAUUUACAAAAUGUCUACUUUAUAUAUUUUAUACUUACUUUAAUUUUUAGUACAUUACAGAUGCAAUGUACAGCAAAACACUGUUUUGAAUCAUUUUAAUUGAAGUGGAAUAAAGUUGUUCCUUCAAAUAAAAUAA